CCCCCUCUUUCUUUGUUCCCCCUUCUCUUCCUCAAGCACAUUCAACAGCCGUUUCCAUUUCAAGCCGAUUAUUGGAGAUUCAGUAACACAACCGUUUCCAACCCCAAGCAUCCUUUAACAAAAAACUUGAUCAGCAAUGUCGCGCGACAACCAAAAUGUCACCAUGUUUCAGUUCUUUGAGUGGUACACACCAGCAGAUAAAAAGCAUUGGAAUCGUCUCAGGGAACAGGCCGAAUAUCUAAAUUCAAUUGGCCUCUCCAGCAUCUGGAUCCCCCCUCCCAUGAAGGGAACUUCCGAAUUUGAUGUCGGUUACGCGCCCUAUGACCUCUGGGAUUUCGGAGAAUUUGAACAUCAUGGUGUGGUUCCGACGAAAUAUGGGACCAAGGAUGAAUUAAAAGCAGCGAUCGAGGAAUGUCACAAACAUGGGAUGAAGAUUUAUCUCGACGCAGUUCUGAAUCAUAAAGCAGGAGGGGACGAAACCGAGGUCUUCAAAGCCGCUGUAGUCGCCAGUGAUGAUCGAAAUCGAGAGAUUGAACCUGCUCAUGAUAUUGAGGCCUAUACCAAAUUCACAUUCCCAGGACGAGGCAAGAAAUACUCUGAUUUCGAAUGGCAUUUCUAUCAUUUCACCGCAACCGAUUGGGAUUCACGGGCUCAGCGGAAGGCUGUCUUUCAGAUCAAGGGGGACCAUAAGGAUUUUGCAGAUGAUGUGGAUCAUGAGAAGGGUAAUUUCGAUUAUUUGAUGUGUAAUGAUAUUGAUUACAAGCAUCCGGAUGUUGUUCGUGAGACUGAGAAAUGGGCCGUCUGGUGUGUUAAUGAAUUCGGGAUUGACGGCUUCAGGAUUGACGCGCUUAAACAUGUGUCCACAGGGUUCAUUUCGCAUCUUUUGGAUUAUAUUCGCAAGAACACAGACAGAAAGGAUUUCUUUGGAGUUGGGGAGUACUGGAAAGACGAUGUGGACGAUUUGGACAGGACCCUUGAUACCAAUGGCGGGAUUCAUCUGUUUGAUGUUCCUUUGCAUUUCAAUUUCAUGCAGGCUAGUAAACAGGGACCUUCCUUUGAUAUGCGUUCCAUCUUUGACGAAACCUUGGUCAGAGUCGCUCCCAAAUGUACAGUCACCUUCAUUGACAACCAUGACACUCAACCAUUCCAGAGUCUAGAGAGUUAUGUCGAACCCUGGUUUAAACCCUUGGCUGCCGCUUUGAUCUGCCUCAGAUUCGAUGGUUUCCCAUGUCUCUUCUAUGGUGACUUUUAUGGCAUCGAGGCCAAAUCUCCUAAUGAGCCUCAUACUGCAAUCCCAGGCCAUAAAGCCAUGUUGACCCGUAUCUUAACAGCCCGUCGGGAUUAUGCUUAUGGUUCACAGCAGGAUUACUUUGAUCAUGGCAAUUGUAUUGGCUGGGUCCGAUAUGGGGAUGAACAUCAUCCAAGGGGCCUAGCCGUCUUGAUGUCUAAUUCGGAAGCUGGUUAUAAAUACAUGGAUGUUGGAGGGCCUAGUAAAGGUGGCCAAGUCUGGGUGGAUAUGAUGGGUUAUUGGCAACAGCCCGUAACGAUUAAUAAAGAAGGAUGGGGUAAAUUCCAGUGCCAUGCUGGGAGCGUUAGUAUCUGGGUGGAGAAAGAGGAGGGUAAAGAAUGGUCCACAGUUCAGGAAUCUUAGAAACAAAGAAAAAGGACGGGCCACAACCAACAUUCACAUUCACAUGAACAAUUCUUUUCUCCUUCGCCACAUUAUUUGAAGUGUCAAGUCGCCC